CUGUUCCCGUUUUGGCGGGCAAGGGUGUUGAAAUCGAGGACAGGAAAAAAACGGCGUCACCCCUCAAUUUCAUAGGGUGAGUUCGUACUUGGAGUCUGAGAAGCUUGCCACUCUUUCGACGCUUCUCGGUUAAGAGUGGUGCGUGAUCCCAGCUCCACUGCCACGCUUACACAUGUAUUUACGCUGCAGAGGGGGUGCGGGUGGUGAUCAGUGGAAGGAGGAGGAAGAGGUUGCCUCGCAGACAAAAGGGGAGCAAAAACGGGAGCGAGCCAUAGAGAGAAGUGGAAGGAGAAGUGGGAGUAGACGAGGGAGGAGAAGAGGGUAGAAUCAUAGACGGCGUAUGUGUUUUUUGGGGCGACGGGACAGUACGCCCAGUCUUGGAGUUGAUUGUGAGCACUGUUUAUAUUAGGAGAAGAGGGGGGAGGGAAGGAGCAAUUGCUCCGUCUCCCUCUCUCUCUCUCUCUCAGAAUCUCUCUCUGUUUCCUCUCUUCUCCCUAUUUCUACUACUCCCUUCCUCUCUGGGCUCAUCGCCCAUUAGGAACGACAGCAAGUGACUGGAUGCAGCUGGUGUUGGAGUCCUUUUCUGUCCGCGGCGGGAAGGGCGGGAUUAGAAGCGCAAAGGGUAAAUUUUUGUCUUGUAGUAUACCUUCGUCCCUAUUUUCCCGUCAGAUUAAGGAUUUGAGUUCGAGUUGAGGCAUUCACAAUGAGUGAGAUCUUCGAAGGCUACGAGCGGCAGUUCUGUGAGCUGUCAUCGAAUUUGUCAAGGAAAAUCGGGAAUGUCGCUACGCUAACCGGAGAGGCAAAGAAACAAAAACUUGCGGAGCUGAAAAAUGGCCUUGACGAAGCAGACUCCCUUAUUCGUCGGAUGGACUUGGAGGCUCGAACUCUGCCGCCCCCUCAGAGAGCAACGAUGCUUACAAAACUGAGGGAGUACAAAUCAGAUCUCAAUAAUUUGAAGAGGGAGGUGAAGAAGUCGCAGUCGGCCCUUCCUGAUGCAGCGACGGCGAGGGAAGACCUUCUUGAGGCUGGUCUUGGUGAUCGCAUCUCUACCUCAAAUGAUCAGAGAACAAGGUUGCUGCAAGCGACGGAGAAGCUGACUCAAUCAAGUGACAGGAUAAGAGAUGGGAAGAGACAACUGCUGGAGGCAGAGGAAUUGGGUGUGUCCAUUCUUCAAGAUUUACAUGGACAAAGAAAGACGCUGGAGAAUGCAAAGUAUAGGUUGCAUGAGGUUGAUGACAACAUUGGCAGGAGCAGACAGAUCCUCAACAGCAUGGCAAGGAGAAUGAACAGGAACAAAGUGGCUAUGUUUGCAAUUAUUGGGAUUCUUUUGCUGGCCAUCGUGUUGAUCAUCUACUUCAAGUUGAAGAAGUAGACAGAAUCAAGUUGGCUGUGGUUUGGGCAGAUCUUUGCUGGACGCAGGUACCCUUUGCACAGGUUAAGUAGUCGAAAUGCCGUAGGUUCAGUUUUCCCUGGCAACUGUGCGAGCUUGUUGGCGAGUGUGCGGGCUUGUCUCUAGGGGUGUUGUGAUGGGUACAGCUAGGAGCGAAUUUCGCUCUUUGUGUUACUGUGAUGUAUAGGUGCAGUCGUUUUUCUCUUCAUCUGGCACGAAGCGCGUCUGCUGACUGUUUGUAUAUAUUAUUAUAUUCUUAAGACUGCAAUUUCUUUGUGGUGAGAAUGUGGAUACGACGGCGGGAGGUUUACUUCUGCUUUGGAGUGAAGGUGGGGGCCAAGGUGGAAGUGGAUGAACAUGGAGGUACGCGGAGUUGAUGGGGAAGGGGCGGGAGGAGGGUUGCUAUCUGUGACAAGCAAGUAAUUGGGUAAGAGGGGAGGAGUAGGCGUUUGCCAACGGCCCACUUUCUUGUUCAUUGCAUGUCUCAAUGUCUCUAUAAUGGAAAGUUGUGGAAGCCUUCUUUUUCUUCUCUGUGGCUAGAUUCUUGUCUUUUUUUCCUUUCUUGUCUGUUAUGUAGUUCAGUACUCUGUCUGGGUAGAGUGUUUUACGGUAUAUGGAUGUUUUGGGAUAAGACUCAGAGCCAUAUUGGGUGUUGAUGAUGGGCAGUAGAGAAGGGCUGGCUGACUGGUUGUGCAAGCAACCUAGGAAGCUUGAAGUUCGAUGGCUGAGACAUACUUUUUUUUCCCUGGGUAUUCAUUGACACUGGAAUGUCUAUGGUCUUGGAAAUGAUGCAUGAGUAGCGAGUGGAGUGGGACUACUACGAGGAAAGUGGCAUUUGAUGAAAUAAUAUAUGGUGUGCACUCACCAGGGCUAAACUGGCUGGUGGGCGCGUUUGCGGGCUUGCAUGCUCUCUGCAUACAGGCACCUGACAGUGGCCAUCAUCGU